UUAUCGUAUAAGUACACUCGCCGCCUCCGCCGUUCCUCCGUCGCUCCUUGCCUCCGGAGAAUCUUCGCCUUCCCUUUUUCUCUCUUCUGCUCCUUUUUUCUCGGCUAUUUCCGUUUUUAUUUUCUGGGAAUCAAACACGUUGGUUGAUCGUGUUUGUGUAGGAUCCCUUUUUCUGUUUUUCUUUUCCUUCUUUUGCUUUGGUGUUUAUCCGAUCCAGUUUUCGUUGGGUUGUAUACCUGAAUUCUGUUUCGCUUUUCCUAGAAAGCCGUGGAUUUUCUCCCAGACUUUCCUUCAUUCUCUCGCUUCCCAAACAGAGUUUCAAACCUAUUUAGCGAUAAAGUAAAUCAGAUCCGUGGAUCUUAUAUUAGAAUCCAAAGGCGGUUCCUUUUCAGGGGGUUGGUGAACUCGAAUCUUACAGAUCCCGUUUCAGUCACUGCUUCUCUGGUGGGAUUUUCCACCUACCGAUCUGAAUACGACGCACAAGAAGGGAAACUCCUGGGAUUUCUCUGAAUUUUCUGUGAAAAGUUCAUCUGGGUUGGAACUUUUUCUUCCGCAAACGUACUAGGUGGGGCAAUUUCCGACAGAAAUCUCUCUGUUGAAUACGAAGAUGUCGACUGCUUCUUCAAGCUCCGUCAUCCAGCUUCGGACCAACCACUGCACUAUCCAUUCUCUCGGCAAAUCCGCCGUCCUCGCUCCCCAGUUGUCCAUCUCCACCGGAUCUCUCCGUAGGGCUCGAGCCGCGCGAUGCUACGCGAAGAAACCGGCGGCUCCGGAGAAGCCCUUUAUGGGGACCCGGUUGCGAGGAUCCGGGUCCGAGACGUUCCAGUUCUGGAGAUCGGACGGUCCAGGAAGGUCGCCUAAACUUCGGACGGUGGUUCGAUCCUCCCUGUCCGGUGUGCCGGAGAAGCCCCUCGGCCUCUACGACCCGUCCUUCGACAAGGACUCUUGUGGGGUCGGGUUCGUUGCGGAGUUGUCGGGCGAGACCAGCCGCAAGACGGUAACGGAUUCGCUUGAAAUGUUGGUGAGGAUGACACAUCGAGGCGCUUGUGGGUGUGAGACUAACACCGGUGACGGCGCCGGCAUUCUUGUGGCCCUUCCUCACGGCUUCUAUGGAGAGGUUGCGAAAGAUCUUGGCUUUGACCUUCCUCCUCCUGGACAGUAUGCUGUCGGGAUGUUCUUUCUGCCAACCUCCGAGAAUCGGAGAAACGAAAGCAAGAAUGUUUUCACCAAGGUUGCAGAAUCACUUGGUCAUACUGUUCUUGGAUGGAGAUCUGUUCCUACAGACAACUCUGGACUGGGGAAGUCUGCCCUUCAGACAGAACCAGUCAUCGAACAGGUUUUCCUCACCCCAACUCCCAGAUCAAAAGCUGAUUUGGAGCAACAGAUGUAUAUCCUGAGAAGGGUUUCCAUGGUUGCCAUCCGAGCUGCCCUGAACCUUCAACAUGGUGGUAUGAGGGACUUCUACAUAUGUUCUUUAUCUUCCAGGACUGUUGUCUACAAAGGGCAGCUGAAGCCGGAUCAACUGAAGAACUACUAUUACGCAGAUCUUGGGAGUGAAAGGUUUACGAGCUACAUGGCCCUGGUUCACUCUCGGUUCUCUACCAACACGUUUCCCAGCUGGGAUCGUGCCCAACCCAUGCGUGUUUUGGGCCACAACGGAGAGAUUAAUACCCUCCGAGGCAAUGUGAAUUGGAUGAGGGCACGAGAGGGUCUAUUGAAGUGCAAGGAGCUUGGGUUAUCGAAGAACGAGCUGAAGAAGCUUCUACCCAUCGUCGAUGCUAGUUCUUCUGACUCAGGUGCUUUCGAUGGCGUUCUUGAGCUUCUUGUCCGAGCGGGCAGAAGUCUUCCUGAAGCUGUAAUGAUGAUGAUCCCUGAAGCAUGGCAGAAUGAUAAAAACAUGGAUCCAAGCAGGAGAGCCUUUUACGAAUACUUCUCUGCCUUAAUGGAGCCAUGGGAUGGACCUGCUCUCAUCUCAUUUACCGAUGGUCGUUACUUGGGCGCCACCCUGGACCGUAACGGGCUUCGUCCCGGCCGGUUCUACGUAACCCACAGCGGGAGGGUAAUCAUGGCUAGUGAAGUCGGAGUUGUGGACGUUCCUCCCGAAGACGUGCUCAGGAAAGGAAGGCUAAACCCGGGCAUGAUGCUCCUCGUGGAUUUCGAUAAGCAUAUCGUUGUUGAUGAUGAAGCUUUGAAGCAGCAGUACUCGCACACUCGGCCCUAUGGGGAGUGGCUUCAAAGACAAAAGCUCGAACUCGAUGACAUUAUCGAGUCGGUUCCUGAAUCUGACAGGUCCGCCCCUCCGAUUUCCGGGGUUGUUCUGGCUUCUGAUGAUGACGAAUCAAUGGAGAGCAUGGGUAUUCAUGGUUUACUGACUCCGCUGAAAGCGUUCGGUUACACAGUUGAAGCCUUAGAGAUGUUGCUGCUUCCAAUGGUGAAAGACGGAUCUGAGGCACUUGGUUCCAUGGGAAACGAUGCUCCGCUCGCCGUUAUGUCGAACCGAGAGAAACUGUCUUUCGAGUACUUCAAGCAAAUGUUUGCUCAAGUGACGAAUCCUCCGAUCGAUCCUAUCCGUGAGAAGAUUGUUACUUCCAUGGAGUGCAUGAUCGGUCCAGAAGGCGAUCUUACUGAAACUACCGAAGAACAAUGCCACCGUCUUUCGCUAAAGGGGCCUCUUUUAUCAAUUGAAGAGAUGGAAGCCGUCAAAAAAAUGGACUACAGAGGAUGGAGGACCAAAGUUCUCGAUCUAACUUACCCAAAAGAACGAGGAGCGAAAGGAUUGGAGGAGACACUUAACCGAAUUUGUGCCGAAGCACAUGAUGCAAUAAAGGAGGGUUACACAUUGUUGGUUCUGUCUGAUCGAGGUUUCUCCCCGAAACGUGUAGCCGUGAGCUCCCUCUUGGCUGUUGGAGCUGUUCAUCACCACCUGGUUAAAUCCCUUACGAGAACUCGAGUUGGGCUGGUAGUAGAAUCUGCUGAGCCACGUGAAGUCCAUCACUUUUGCACGCUUGUCGGAUUCGGUGCGGAUGCCAUCUGUCCGUAUUUGGCUGUUGAGGCCAUAUGGAGAUUGCAGGUGGACGGGAAGAUCCCUCCGAAAGCUAACGGGGAAUUCCAAUCCAAGGAAGAGCUGGUCAAGAAGUAUUUCAAGGCGAGCAACUAUGGAAUGAUGAAGGUUCUUGCCAAGAUGGGAAUCUCCACACUUGCUUCUUACAAGGGUGCUCAAAUCUUCGAAGCCCUCGGCCUCGCGUCCGAGGUUAUCGAAAAGUGCUUUUCGGGUACCCCGAGCCGAGUGGAAGGUGCGACUUUCGAGAUGCUUGCACGAGACACCCUCCGUUUGCAUGAGAUGGCAUUUCCAUCACGUGUUUUCGCCCCGGGAAGUGCGGAGGCUGUAGCAUUGACCAAUCCCGGCGAUUAUCACUGGCGGAAAAACGGCGAGAUUCAUCUGAACGACCCUCUCGCCAUUGCUAAGCUCCAAGAAGCUGCGAGAUCCAACAGUGUCGCCGCCUACAAGGAAUAUUCGAAACGUAUCAACGAGCUGAAUAAGCAAUGCAAUUUGCGGGGACUGUUGAAGUUCAAAGAAUCGGCGGCAAAAGUGCCGAUAGACGAAGUCGAGCCAGCGAGCGAGAUUGUGAAACGGUUCUGCACCGGCGCCAUGAGUUACGGAUCGAUUUCAUUGGAAGCACAUACAACUCUUGCCAUGGCCAUGAACAAGCUCGGUGGCAAAUCAAAUACAGGUGAGGGAGGAGAGCAGCCCUCUCGUAUGGAGCCACUUCCAGAUGGUUCGAGGAACCCUAAAAGAAGCUCCAUUAAACAGAUUGCUAGUGGAAGAUUUGGAGUUUCGAGCUACUACCUUACCAAUGCCGAUGAGUUACAGAUAAAGAUGGCUCAGGGAGCGAAACCCGGUGAAGGAGGGGAACUGCCUGGCCAUAAGGUUAUCGGCGACAUUGCCGUUACCCGAAACUCUACUGCCGGUGUUGGCCUGAUCAGUCCGCCGCCUCAUCACGACAUCUACUCUAUCGAAGAUCUUGCCCAACUAAUCCAUGAUCUUAAGAAUGCCAAUCCUGUUGCCAGGAUCAGCGUCAAACUCGUUUCUGAAGCGGGUGUUGGGGUUAUCGCUAGCGGUGUGGUGAAGGGUCAUGCUGAUCAUGUUCUGAUAUCUGGUCAUGAUGGUGGAACGGGUGCAUCUCGCUGGACUGGAAUAAAGAAUGCCGGUCUUCCGUGGGAACUGGGUUUGGCCGAGACCCAUCAAACACUCGUUGCUAAUGAUCUCCGUGGUCGUACCGUUCUUCAGACCGAUGGGCAGCUGAAAACAGGCAGAGAUGUUGCGGUCGCUGCCCUUCUCGGUGCGGAAGAAUUCGGGUUCAGUACAGCUCCACUCAUCACACUCGGGUGCAUCAUGAUGAGGAAGUGCCACAAGAACACCUGCCCUGUCGGAAUUGCGACUCAAGAUCCUGUUCUCCGCGAAAAAUUUGCCGGAGAGCCAGAACAUGUCAUCAACUUCUUCUUCAUGCUUGCCGAGGAAGUGCGGGAAAUCAUGUCUGAGCUUGGUUUCCGCACUUUGAGCGAGAUGGUUGGUCGUGCGGAUAUGCUCGAGGUUGACAAGGAAGUAGCCAAGAACAACGAGAAGCUUGAGAACAUCGAUCUCUCCUUAUUGCUUAGACCCGCUGCUGAUAUUCGUCCUGGGGCAGCUCAGUACUGUGUCCAGAAGCAAGAUCAUGGCCUAGACAUGGCAUUGGACCGAAAGCUUAUCGAACUGUCCAAAUCUGCUCUGGAGAAGGCUGUUCCAGUGUACAUCGACACUCAGAUUUGCAACGUUAACCGAGCUGUUGGAACGAUGUUGAGUCAUGAGGUGAGCAAGCGUUACCACUUGGCCGGGCUACCAAAUGAUACGAUCCAUAUCAAGUUUACGGGAAGUGCUGGGCAAAGUCUCGGAGCUUUCCUCUGUUCUGGAAUCACGCUAGAACUCGAGGGCGAUAGCAAUGACUAUGUCGGGAAAGGACUCUCGGGAGGUAAAGUUGUUGUUUAUCCUCCUAAAGAAAGCAGUUUCGACCCGAAAGAAAACAUUGUCAUCGGAAAUGUAGCACUGUAUGGGGCCACUAGCGGUGAAGCCUACUUCAACGGGAUGGCGGCUGAAAGAUUCUGUGUUCGGAAUUCUGGUGCCAAAGCUGUGGUGGAAGGGGUUGGUGAUCACGGUUGCGAAUACAUGACGGGUGGUACCGUCAUCGUGCUUGGAAAGACGGGUAGAAAUUUUGCUGCGGGUAUGAGCGGUGGUAUCGCUUAUGUCCUCGACGUGGACGGAAAUUUCCACACGAGAUGCAAUCCCGAACUCGUUGAUCUCGAUAAAGUCGAAGAAGAAGAGGACAUCACGACCCUCAAGAUGAUGAUCCAGCAACAUCAACGAUACACAAACAGCCAACUCGCAAGAGAAGUUCUUGAAGAUUUCGAGAAUCUGCUACCGAAGUUUAUCAAGGUUUUCCCGAGAGAUUACAAACGCAUUUUGGCAUCCAUGAAACACAAACCUGAGGCCGAGGUCGAGGUCUCGAAGAAUGUCGAGGAGGAUCUCGAUGAGAAAAAUCAUGUAGAGAAAGACGCUUUUGAAGAGCUUAAGAAGAUGGCGUCUGCCGCUUUGAAGGAUGAGAAAUCGAGCAAUGGAGCAGCCAUCGAAGCUCCAAAAAGGCCCUCUAGGGUAAGAGGCGCGAUUAAACAUCGUGGAUUCGUCGCUUACGAACGGGAGGGAGUUCAGUACCGUGAUCCUAACGUUCGUCUUAACGACUGGAACGAAGUCAUGGAGGAAUCGAAACCCGGACCGCUGCUGAAUACACAAUCGGCACGAUGCAUGGACUGUGGCACUCCAUUUUGCCACCAGGAGAACUCAGGGUGUCCGCUCGGUAACAAAAUACCCGAAUUCAAUGAGCUUGUCUAUCAGAACAGAUGGCGAGAAGCAUUGAAUCGGCUCCUCGAGACUAACAACUUUCCGGAAUUCACGGGCCGAGUUUGCCCUGCGCCAUGCGAGGGUGCUUGUGUUCUCGGAAUCAUCGAGAACCCGGUCUCGAUCAAAAGCAUCGAGUGCGCUAUCAUCGAUAAAGCCUUUGAAGAAGGCUGGAUGGUUCCUCGUCCUCCUCUUACCAGAACUGGGAAAAGAGUUGCGGUGAUCGGAAGUGGACCCGCUGGACUGGCUGCAGCCGAUCAGCUUAACAAAAUGGGCCACCUGGUUACGGUUUAUGAGCGCUCUGACAGAAUCGGUGGGCUUAUGAUGUAUGGUGUUCCCAACAUGAAGGCCGACAAAAUCGACAUUGUUCAACGACGGGUUAACCUUAUGACUCAGGAAGGCAUCAACUUUGUGGUCAAUGCCAAUAUCGGGAAUGACCCGUCUUACUCUCUCGAUCGUAUUCGGGAAGAAAACGAUGCCAUCGUUCUUGCUGUUGGCUCCACGAAACCUAGAGAUCUUCCUGUACCUGGCCGUGAGCUACCGGGAGUUCAUUUCGCCAUGGAGUUCCUUCACGCAAACACUAAAAGUCUGCUCGAUAGUAGUCUCCAAGACGGAAACUACAUUUCUGCCAAAGGGAAGAAAGUCAUUGUCAUUGGCGGAGGCGAUACCGGAACAGAUUGCAUAGGAACGUCUAUCCGCCAUGGAUGCAAAAGCGUCGUAAACCUCGAGCUUCUUCCUCAACCACCUGAGAAGAGAGCUCCAGGAAACCCAUGGCCUCAGUGGCCGAGGGUUUUCCGAGUCGACUAUGGCCAUCAAGAAGCUGCCACCAAAUUCGGAAAAGACCCGAGAACCUACGAGGUUCUGACCAAACGGUUCAUCGGAGACGAUAACGGAAACCUGAAAGGCCUUGAGGUUAUACGUGUGAAGUGGGAGAAAGACAGCAAUGGAAGAUUCCAGUUCACGGAGAUUGAAGGAUCGGAGGAAAUAAUCGAAGCCGACCUCGUUCUCUUAGCCAUGGGGUUCCUAGGACCAGAGAAAACACUGGCGGAGAAGCUAGGGCUAGAAUGCGACAACAGAUCGAACUUCAAAGCGGAGUAUGGGCGAUUCUCGACGAGCGUGGAAGGGAUAUUUGCGGCGGGAGAUUGCAGGAGAGGACAGUCUCUGGUCGUGUGGGCCAUCUCGGAAGGACGGCAAGCUGCGGCUCAGGUCGACAAGUACCUCUGCAACUCGGACGACCAAACUGAAGAAGACAAGGAAGAUGCCAAACUGCAACAAGACCUGAAGCAGAGGAGACAAACUCUCAUGACUUAAGAGGAGAGAGAGAGGCUUCAAAGCACUCUGGAAACGCUUCCCCCAAAUUUCUCUCUCCGGAUCUUAAGAAUUUGUGGGAUUUUUGGAAGAAGAGAAAGAGGAAGAAAGGUUUUAGGAGGAAAAGGAAAACCCAGAAGCUUAGGUUCGAUCCGAUACGAUGCUGUCAUCUUCUUGAUAGCUUUGUUUUUUUUUUUUUUUUUUUUUUUUUUUUUUUUGGGUUCUGAGAUUGUGAAUGCUCUCUGUUGAACACUUUCAGCUGUUUCUGUGUUUGAUAAAUAAUGAAUCUUUUGCAUAGUUACUGUG